GAAAAAGUGAUCCCAAACGGCAGAUUCCAUGUUGAUGCCUAGAAGCCAGGGUCACGGGGAGACCUAGAUGCUUCAGGUUUUCCAUGUCCUUCCUCCUAGAAUCUCCUUCUACAGCAUUUUUGGAGAGCACUGCACAGUCAUGCAGAGCUGCUACACCGGGAACCCAGGAAAAUACUAGAAGCAGAAUCCCAAGGACAUCCCCAAAUGCUACACAGUUACUGUUUCCAGCGCCUGGCUUGAUUUUUGAGAAUUGCAUUCAAGGGAAGAAUUUAGAAAGCACAGUGUGAAAACCUUGCUUUUACCGCCCGGAGCUUUCUGUGCUUCCCUGGGAGUAUUCCUGGAGGAGUGGGAGCGCAGUGUGGAAGCCUCAGAACACUGGCAUUACUGCAGUGCACCAUGCCUUCCUUCAUCUGUCUCUAUCUGUGCUCAAAGUCGCUCCUAGGAUUUGGAGAACAAUCAACCAUGACGACCGAAUCGGGAUCAGACUCAGAAUCCAAGCCAGACCAGGAGGCUGAGCCUCGGGAGGCAGCAGGGCCUCAGGGACACGCAGGGGCACAGCCCGGACCUGAGCCUCCCAGUGGAAGCAGCGAGGAGCCGCCAGCACUUGAGCAGUUUCCUGCAGCUGCUGCACACAGCACCCCUGUGAAGAGGGAGGUCAGCGACAAGGACCCGGACUUCGCUGCCGCAGCUGCAAAACAACUUGAGUAUCAGCAGUUUGAAGACGAUAAACUCUCUCAGAAAUCAUCCAGCAGCAAACUCUCACGGUCCCCAUUGAAGAUCGUGAAAAGGCCUAAAAGCAUGCAGUGCAAAGUGACACUUCUGGAUGGAUCAGAAUACAGCUGCGACGUGGAUAAGCGCUCCCGAGGACAAGUGCUGUUUGACAAAGUGUGUGAGCAUCUGAACCUGCUCGAAAAAGAUUACUUUGGUCUGACGUACCGAGACGCCGAGAAUCAGAAGAAUUGGUUGGACCCUGCUAAGGAAAUUAAAAAACAGAUUCGAAGUGGUGCUUGGCAUUUUUCAUUUAAUGUGAAGUUUUACCCACCAGACCCUGCCCAGCUAUCAGAAGACAUCACCAGGUACUACCUCUGCUUACAGCUGCGAGAUGACAUUGUCUCCGGAAGGCUGCCCUGUUCCUUCGUGACUCUUGCCCUGCUGGGCUCCUACACGGUGCAGUCAGAACUCGGGGACUACGAUCCCGACGAGUGUGGGAAUGACUACAUCAGUGAGUUCCGCUUUGCACCAAACCACACGAAAGAACUGGAGGAUAAAGUGGUCGAGCUGCACAAGAGCCACAGAGGAAUGACGCCAGCGGAAGCAGAGAUGCAUUUCUUGGAAAAUGCCAAAAAACUCUCCAUGUACGGGGUAGAUUUACAUCAUGCCAAGGACUCAGAAGGAGUAGAAAUUAUGUUAGGCGUCUGUGCAAGUGGUCUGUUGAUAUACCGUGACCGGCUUCGAAUAAACAGAUUUGCUUGGCCCAAGGUCCUAAAAAUUUCAUAUAAGCGGAACAACUUUUACAUUAAAAUCCGGCCAGGAGAGUUCGAACAGUUUGAAAGCACCAUUGGGUUCAAAUUGCCGAACCACCGAGCUGCCAAGCGCCUCUGGAAAGUGUGUGUGGAGCACCAUACAUUUUUCAGACUAUUGCUACCAGAAGCACCUCCAAAGAAAUUCCUGACCUUGGGCUCCAAGUUCCGUUACAGCGGCAGAACUCAGGCACAAACGAGAAGAGCCAGUGCGUUGAUAGACCGCCCGGCGCCUUACUUCGAACGCUCAUCCAGCAAACGUUACACCAUGUCUCGCAGCUUGGACGGAGCAUCAGUGAAUGAAAACCAUGAAAUAUACAUGAAGGAUUCUAUGUCCGCUGCAGAGGUUGGCACAGGCCAGUACGCCACAACAAAGGGCAUCUCUCAGACCAACUUGAUCACCACUGUGACUCCAGAGAAAAAGGCUGAAGAGGAGCAUGGUGAGGAGGAGGACAGGAGGAGGAAGGCCGAGGAAGCCACCCCCGUCACAGCCCUCCGGCAUGAGGGAAAGACUGACAGUGAACGGACAGACACGGCUGCUGAUGGGGAGACCAGCGCCACCGAGGAGCUAGAGAAGACUCAAGAUGAACUGAUGAAACACCAAACCAACAUUAGCGAGCUAAAGAGAACCUUCUUAGAAACCUCUACAGAAACUGCCUUAACAAACGAGUGGGAAAAGAGGCUUUCCACGUCCCCUGUGCGACUGGCUGCCAGGCAGGAGGAUGCUCCCAUGAUUGAGCCACUUGUACCUGAGGAGACCAAAGAAGAGAGAGAGAUUUCUGAGAAAGUUGUGUUUUUACAGCAAGGAAGUCCACCAUUCCUUGAGUCUCAGCCAAGUGUGAUUAAGAAAAUGCGGGAAGGCGUCUCUGCUGAUUCUGUGGCCACUUCUCAUCAAAUAAUUUUUCAGAAAACUGUCCCGUCGACCCUAGAGGCCACAGAGGAUUGGGUUAUUGUAGACAAAAUACCCACUGAGGUAGUUGAUGGUGAUUCAAAAAAGAUUGUGACUUACAAGGUGGUUACCGUGAGCAGUAAAACUGGUGAGAUCCCAGCCGACUUGCUGAAAUCUAGCAUGAUUGACAUGCAUGGCUUCGAUGACUUGGCCAGAGAAAUGCAGCUUCAAGAAGAGAACAAGCAGAAGAUGUACACGCUAGGGAAAUCCUACGACACCGUCUCUGGAAGAAUUGUUUCCAUGACUGGGAAAGCGAAAGAGGGCGAGAGAGCCGCCCAGCCCUCCUCACUGGAAGCCCUGCAGAAGAUGGAGAGAGGCGCCACCGCAGCCGCCGAAGCCCUGAAGGUCGGUCCCCUGCUGGUGGAAUACGAGGUCCUGGAAUCCCUGGCUGAUGAGAAAUCCAGAAGAGGACCCGAGGUCCAGACCCCGAAGCGGAGGUUGUCAGAAUCCCUGGCGCCCAUCAAGGAAGCUGAAUCUCGGCGGCAAAGCCCUGAGGAAGAUGAUGCCCAGAAGGCUCCAAAGCUGGGAGAGGAUGUGCCUGCCCACCCCCGGUUCAGCAAACCGCAGCAGGUGCCCGAAUGUGAGGUGUUGAAGGUGGGGCCCUUUGGCCCACGCAGGAAGAGCCUGUCUGAGUGGCGCUACUCCCAGGAGCCGGCCUUUACUGUGGCCACUGCUCACUACGUCACUGAGUCGUCCGCAUCCCAAGUGGUGACUAAACAGUCUUCUGGGGAGAAGCUCAUGGACGGCUCGGAGAUCCUCAGUCUGUUAGAGUCUGCACGAAAACCCACCGAGUUCAUAGGAGGGGUUUCAUCUACUACCCAGAGCUGGGUGCAGAAACUGGAAACGAAGAUGGAGUCCAUCGAAACCGAGGUGGAAUCGACCCUCCCCUCGCAGCCCCUCGGCACUGAGAAGGUGCUGCAGGAGACGGUGUUGGUGGAGGAGAGGCGCGUCAUGAGCGUGUGUGGGAGCGGGGACGCUUCUCACACGGAGGGGGAUGGUGUGGAUGCAGCGGAGUCCACACCUGCAGAUCCUCACAGCGUGAAAGGGAAGGAGGCCUCUUCUGUGACCGAAGCAGCGAAGGAAGAAAGAGGAGAGCAGGCGGACAAGUCUGUCCCCAAGCAGGAACAGCCAGCCCCUGUCUCCCAGGAGGAAGAGCAGGUAGUGGCCAUGCACCCUUCUGAGGCUUUGGAACAGAAAUCUCAUUUUGAGUCCUCCACGGUGAAGAUGGAAAGCACGAGUGUGGGCGGUGUUUCUCCAGGAGGAGUAAAGCUGGAAAUCUCUACUAAGGAAGUGCCAGUAGUACACACAGAAACAAAAACCAUCACAUACGAGUCAUCACAGGUUGAUCCUGGGGCAGAUCUGGAGCCAGGCGUGCUAAUGAGUGCACAGACGAUCACAUCUGAAACCACAAGUACCACCACCACCACACACAUCACCAAAACUGUGAAAGGAGGCAUUUCGGAGACAAGAAUUGAGAAGCGAAUAGUCAUCACAGGAGAUGCUGACAUUGACCAUGACCAGGCGCUGGCUCAGGCAAUUAAAGAGGCCAAAGAGCAGCACCCCGACAUGUCAGUGACCAAAGUAGUGGUCCAUAAAGAGACAGAAAUCACACCAGAAGAUGGAGAGGAUUGACCAGAGGAAUAACUUAGCUUGCACAUGAACCCAGUCAUAUAAACCGUUAGGAAAACCGGAGCCUAUGUGGAGUUCCCUCUUCUAACCCAACUGACUUGCAUCUGUCCGUGGAAAAUUCCAGGAGAACUGACCUUGACCAUUAAUGAAAGACACUGGCAGAGAGAUCUUCCCAUCAUAAAGCAAUCCGAGUCAGCAUCACUAAACUGAUGAUACUGCAUGAAGCGAUGAUAAAAAUCACAAAAGAACCACACUUUUAAUUUUCACCAAAAUAUCUGUUUUCAACUCUACCUGCACGUUCAUAACCAACAGUGUAAACCGUGAUCUCAUGUAACACAUCAACAACUCAUGCCUUUCAUAGUUUAUUAUUAAAGUCUCAACAAAAUCGCAGUUUCAUAGGUGACAAAUUCUCUGUUUACAAAUAAUGACCCUAAAACGCUAUCAGCCGUCUAGGUCCGGUGUGUCAGAUUUACCCCAGAUUAGAUGUGCCAAUAACCAAUUUUAUUCAGUGAACAACUUGAAUCUUGUCCUUGUCUAAUCUGGCUUUAUUAUUCUCACCCAUAAGCAGUAAUGACUCUCUGACCCUCUAGAAAUAUUUAAUGCUUACAAUCUUGCUUUGUGUCUCUAAUUUGUUAUAAGGUAGAACUGAUUUUAGCACAUUGAUGUAAUUUCUUCCUAGUCAUUCGCUCUGGUCUGCGUUCAAUCCAGAAAGAUUCCCAGAAUUACCUAAGCAAACCCUCAAUAUGUAAAUUAUGAUUGUUUGGGGAAGAAAACCUGUAUUUUUGUUAGUUUACAAUAUUAUAAGAAUUCACUCCAGGAAUACUUGUCGGGCUACUUUUGCUUUUUUGUUUUUUCUUUUCCUUGUAUUUUGUUCAUGGAUUAUUUUUUUUUUCUUCUUUUACUUGAACGAAAAGGUGUUUUAUUUACCAAUCUGGUCCAUAUUUACAAUCUAGUUCAGAGCCAAGCCUUAAAUUGUACAGAAUUUCCACUGUAAUUAAACUGUUUAGUGUGUAGUUAUAAAGAGCCUCCAGAAAGAUAUAUUCUCCAUUACACUGUCAACUGCAUCACAGCCCGUCGUGAAUGAUGUCACCGCCUCGCGAAAUAAAAAUGGCAAAUGCAUUGAAAGCUCUAA